CAACGUCUGCGUCAGCCAAUGAAAAUGCGCGCUUUUUACAAACUACUCCGGAAGUCAACACGCCAGUGUGUCUUUUUCGAUUAUUUGCGCUGCUAAACAGUGGCACUGGGUGCACAUUUUUGUAGCUACAAAACGAUCUACAAAUUUCGGCUGUAGACACUCAAGCCCCCUCGAGAUGGCAUCCUCUAACCCUCUGCGACUCCAAAACAGAUCUCUUCAGAACCAAACAGGGAUUUUAAAGAAACAGGAGGUAAAUAAACUAACCGCUGUAGCCUCUUCUAAACGAGGCUCUGAGAAUCUGGACCCUAAUGCCUCAGCUGAAGGUGGAAAGGGAGUCAAUAAAUUGAAAGGUGUCAGUAGGCUUCCAGUCCUCGCCAAAUCUCUGCAGCCAGCUGGAAAUGACCUCUCACCACAGAACAGAUGGGAACAGAGGCCACUUUCGGGUAAAGCUCAGAAGAAAAGGAUCUGCACCAAACCAGUUCCUUUCAAUUUAUCCCAAUCACGCACGCACAGUCAGAGAAACACAGACGUUCCUUGUGGAAAAGCACCCCUGACACCUUCUGCCCGCCUAAAACCGGGAGCAAAACUGAAAAGCCAUAAAGCUGCAACACCAGGUGUCUUCAGAUCAGCAAGCAAGUCACAGUCUGCUGUGCCUCGAACUGUAGGUCACAUGGAACAUACGACAUCAACCAAACCUACAUCAUUAGACGCUAGUGAUGGUCACCCAACUAUCACAGCCUCGCAUGAAUCCAGAAGCUGCAGUCAAACUGAUUUAAGUUCACGUUUGGGUAGCAUCACUCUUGUACAGUCUAAGCUUCCCGAAGACUUAGGUUUGAGUCAUUUAUGUAAAGAUUCACUCAAUAAUGUAGGUGUUGGUUCUAGUGGUCAAGCACCAAAGGACAAAAACUGCAUCCAGAUUGUUCAAUCAGCUUCUGGUACACAAAGCCAUGCAGGCACUAAAGCUAUGCACAAUGUCCUCUCAUGUGAAGGAUUAAAUACUGUUGGAGCUCUAAGUGUGAUGCCACGCUUGUCUACUUGCCUCUCUGGACCGGGAUCCUCCAAUAAUCUGCCUCAAAGGAUUUCUGUGAAGAAGAGUCAACAUGACGUUGUCAACACCACAGGCAAUGCUGGGGCAUUUUCACCUGACCCGUCAGCACUACGUAAUAUUUUACAGAGUGAUGCAAUGAGAGUAGUGGAGCGUGUUGGGGCAACACCCAGAAUAUCAACCUGUCCCACUGGCAGACCAACAUCUUUUUAUUCUGCACAAAGAGUUCCAGUAAAGAAGCCUCAGACGGAUGAUAUUGCUGCAGUCACAGGAAGCAGUGUGACCUUCUCCCCCGACCCUUCAGCCCUGCGCAGUAUUCUACAGAAUGAAGGUGUGAGGGUGGGGGCUCUUGGUGGGGCAACACCCAGAGUUUCAACAUGUCCCACUGGCAGGGGAACGUCCAUUUACUCUGCCCAGCGAGUUCCUGUAAAAAAGACUAAGACAGAAGAAACCAGCACAGCGUCUUAUUGCGCAAACAGAACACCCGUGAGGACAUGGACACCUUGGAGGGUUGCAAACACCAAAUCACAGUCAACGAUGAAGAUCCUUUCUGCACAAAGGAUGUCUCGAUUUAGGGACUCCCCUGGUUUCAGCACUCAACUCUUAAUGCAUGAAGAGGUAAACCUGCUUGAAGAGGAGGAUGUUGUUCAAAGGUUAUUUGAUGACCCAGACCAGCUGGACAAUGACCAGAUGGGUGAAAAAGUCAUCACUUCAAAACAACUACUGACCACAUCAACUAGCCACCAAACUAUUGAACCUCUAACAAAUAAAGAGAUUUUAAAAUCAAAUCAUCGUCACAAUGAGGACGAAGGCAAGAAAACAGGCCAACCUUUCAUACAAGCAGCACAUAGAGGCUCUGUUAUUGUUUUCUCAUCUAGCCAAAGACUCUGUGGGUCAGACCGGCCUCAGGAGGCACCUGUGAUAGAAAACAGCACUAUAGCCCAUAUUACACUCCAGUCAAACCAAACCAAUGGAUCACAGGUUACUUCCAGCUCAGAUGUGACUAAACAAAUCAAUACUUGCACACAAAGUCAAUUAAAAGUAACUUUUACCUUCGUGCACUCAGCGUCUGCUCUACGGCGACGGCACAUUCCUCUAGAAGAGAUGAUUCUGGAUGAGGAAUGUGCUACCUAUACCACUCGCCUACUAUCCUGCCCAUUACAACCUCGCUGUGGAAACCCUGUAGCCACCACACUUCUGUUUCAAGAUUCUACUUGUUUUUUACCUAUAGGCCUGACUUUUCCCAUACGUCUGAGUCCAGUACCCUCUGGUUCAUCUAUCAGGGCUUGAAUGCACUACUCCUCUGAAAACUAAUGCGAAUUUUAGUUCAUCUAUGCAUAUUUAUGUCUGUCUGCUUGAAACUGUAUUAGUUGCACUUGUUGUUUGUGUACUGUUGUUUUGUGUGUAUGUAAGCAAUAAACAGCAAUUGGCUACUGAUUCACAUGGAUGCUUUUAUUGCACCACACAAGUACUACAAUCAUGUCUUGGAAUAAAUAUUAUUUUCAAUGAGAUUCACUGUAUUGUGUUCAAAUAAUGCAAGACUUUGUAAAUAUCUUCAGAACAAUGGAACUUUUCAUAAACGUUCAACAUGGAAAUUAUGUUCUUAUGACUUGCCCCUUAAUGUACUGUAUAUGCAAAGCUGGCUAUAUGUUUGGUUUCUCAUUCUAAAUUUGUUAGAAUAAUUCAAAAUGUUAACUGGAAAUAUUUUCUCAAUCAAUUGCACAAUACUUUUUGUCUUGGGUUACUAUUCUUAUGACAUUAUGAUUACAAGAGGGUACUGUAUAUAUUAAUAAAUCAU